AAGCUUACACCUAAGAAAUUGUUUUCAAUUUGACGUUUGGUUUGUGGACACUAUCGUGUGUAUUAUUUUGAGAAGUUGUUUUUUUAAAUUAUUAUAAUGAUGAAGAAGACUCAACUGGGCGUAAUUAAAAGGUUUGAUUUUGUUGAUGAGGACGAAAGAGGGCACUAUUUGUAAAAUGGCCAGCUCAACACAGAGUGGAUUUGUGGUCGUCACCCCGAUGUACCCUCAGCAAAGUGGUCCUACUGCACCAGCUUUCGGCACUACCCCACAUGUUUCCUCUGCGUUGGGAAACUUUCUGAAAGGAGAUCCAAAGGCACUGGGGACAGUGCAAAUAAUGAUUGGAGUGCUGGACAUAUUAUUUGGCAUCACAAUGGCCGUCUAUGCUGACAGCAUUGGUUUUUACUCUGGGAUUGUUUUCUGGGGAGCGCUUAUUUACAUUUCCUCAGGAGCUCUGAGUGUUGCUGCGAACAACAAACUGAACAAAUGCCUGGUGAGUUCUGAUCACUGACUGGAUGUGACCAUUCAGAUAUUUACUGACAGAUUUCAUUAGCCCUGAUUUAUCAUUUCCAGAGCCGCCUGACUGUAAAUAUUUAUUUUGGGAAGUGGUCAUGGAACAUGCUGUGAUGUUAUCUACACAAGAUGUCCUCAAACACAUCAAUCCUAAGAGCACAGUCACACCAACCUUACUGACAAAUGAUUCUAAACUUCCAGUUGUGACAUUUUAUGGGUGUGGGUGUGUGUUGUUUCAGACCAGAAACAUUCACAUGCUGCACAUUACAUUACAUUACAUUUCCUGCAGCAGCCAUACCUCCAUGCACUCUGCACCUGCUGAAUGGCUGAAGCUAAGCAGGUGUGGGCUUGGUUAGUACUUGGAUAGGAGACCACCAGGGAAUACUGAGUUGCUGCUGGAAGUGGUGUUAGUGGGCCAUCAGGGGGCAAUCUUCCCUCUGGUCAAAUGAACCCCAAUGCCCCAGUGCAGUGACGGGGACGCUGUGCUGUAGGAGAUGCUGUCUUUCGGAUGAGACGUUAAACCAAGGUCCUAACUCACUGUGGUCAUUAAAGAUCCCAUGAUACUUAUUGCUAAGUGUAGGGGGUUCCCCGGUGUCCUGGCUAAAUCCCAGAUCUGGCGCUCGCAAACUUGCCACCAAAACCAUCCCCAGAUUUAAUUGGCUAAAUAAACGUUCUCUCCCUCUCCACCUUCGCUAAUGUGUGGUGAGCUUUCUGGCGGGAAAUGGCUGCCGUGCAUCACCCAGGUGGGUGCUACACAUUGGUGGUGGGUGAGGUGAGUUCCCCUUCACUGUAAAGCACUUUCAGCAUUCGGAAAACUGCUAUAUAAAUGUAAGGAUAUUUUAUUUUAAAUAUUAUAAAUAAUAUUUUAUUUUAUUUAUAUGAAUAUUAAUUUGGGCCCUGUUUGUUUAGUCCUCUUGCUGUGCAAAGUAAAACCGGAGUCUCAACAAAUACAUGCUUUCAUCGUAAAAAAAUUCCAUACAAAGCAUUGUCUAUAAGUCAUGAAAUAAAACAUGCAAAAUCUAGGCCUGCCAUUAAAAGUACUGAUAUCAAAAUGAGGCCAAGUUACAACAAACAAUAUUGCCUAUUUACCUCGCACAGAUUAAACAAGCUCUAAUCCAAAGCAAUGCUGCCCAAUGUUUCCUAAUUAUUUAAUGUAACUUGGCCCUGUGUUUUCAACUUACCAUCUGAAGAGAAUGUGGUCUUUCAAAUUCGAUCAAUUAUAUAAAUUUCUCAUGACAGCGUUUCAACUGUAGUCAGUUUCCCUACUGUUUUCCAGCACAAGUUCUCUGAAGUACACAUUCUGUAUUUGUACAAAUGGAGGACACAAUUUGUGGAAGAAAUAUAAUUGGAACAUACGAAGAUGUGUCUAUCCUUACAUCAGUAUGGCAAGAAAAACAGACUUAAAUUAUGUGAACUCUUAAGUGGGUAGCAUGGUGGUGCAGUGGGUAGCUCUGUUGCCUCACAGCAAGAAGGUUUCUAGGUUUGAAUUCCAGCUAUUUACUCCCCAUGUCUGCAUGGGUUUCCUCCAUAGUUCAACGAUAUGCAGGUAGGCUAAUUGGAGACUUUAAAUUGCUCAUACAACUUUAAAUUGCUUGUAGGUAUGAGUGUGUGAGUGAAUGGUGUGCAUUCCCUGCGAUAGAUUGGGGACCUAUCCAGGGUGUAUUCCUGUCUCUCGCCCAAUGCAUGCUGGGAUAGGCUCCAGCACCCCUCGUGCCCCGGACCAGGAUAAGCAAGUAUAGAUAAUGGAUGGAAACUCUUAAGUGACAUUAUGCACACAUUAAGGAUGCAAAUUUGCAAUAAUUGUGAUUGAUUAAUUUUAAUGUUAACACAUGAAUAAUCGAUAGUCAUUCAUAUAAAUUCCAUUAACUAGCAUUAUAUAACUCACUGAUAGAAAUGCGAGUGACGCAAGAGGCAAAAUGUGAACGGGUUUCUCUUCUUCCACAUACCUCUUCUAUAUAUGUCAUUUUGUGUUUACAUCCAAAGUUUUUAUUGGCUGAUGUACCUUAAAUGUCCAAUGGGGAGACAUAUUAUUUGUGGUCUUGGAGCAUUGAUGAUGUAAUCAGGCAUGAAGAAGAGGAAGAAGAAGAAGAAGGAAAAAACACUAAAUCCCCUAAACCUGGAGCGUUAUUGUGUGGAUGUGUGAAUUUUUUUGUGAGUUUUGUCUGUUGAAAUGGGGUCAAAAGUAACAAUUUAUGUUUUUAAGGACUGAGAGUCUGUGGUCAUUGCGGUUAUUUCUGUAGGAAACCCUGAAAAGUGCCAAACGCUUGGUGCCGUAUAGGUAUGGGGCAUGCCACCCCACCAAGGCGUAACUUCGCAGGAUGGCAUAUCUGCCAUACCAAGCAUGCCGUCCCACCAAGGCAUAACUUAGCAGGACGGCAUACUGCCAUCACAAU